AUGGCGAAGAAACAACGUGGGAAAACGAGUUCGUCGUCAAAGACGGAGGACAGCGAAAAACGCACGGAGAGUUUCAGCUUGACUCUGGACUCUGCGGACCAUGAAACAGGCGCUGGACACGGCCAGAAGAGAAAAGGAGCUGCUAAAGAGAAGAGGAGGAAGAGACAGGAGCUCUUCCAGGAACAGAAGAAAAGAAAACUCUUAUCGGCUGAUGUGUUGGAGGAAAUCGACUCGGCCCCUUCAAAGAAGCAGAAACAGUCUGUAGAUGAAGGUCAAGAGGAGGGAGAGGAAGACGGGAAGAAGAAGAAAAAGAAGAGGAGCGGGAAAUUGGCAGAUGCCCGAAAUCUGAAGGGGAAGUACACGGUGACGACGACGAAGGAGCGAACAUUGACGUCACUCCAGCAGCAGAUGGCCUUGGAGUUCAUCCAGUCCAGACUGUAUGGACCGGGAACCUGCAGGACCACAAGUUAUGUCAGAGGACUAAAAGCUUCCAGCCUGGCCACCUCAUAUUUCCCUGAAAAAAAUCCAGGGGGCGUGACAUACUUCUUCAUAGGAAAACUAACAGAUUUUUAG